CUUACCAAAUGCGCAAAGUAAUUAUUACGGGAGCAUCCAGGGUUAUUAUAGUCAUUUCAUAUUAUCUGGUUACGGUUACCGGGAGACUUGUUGACCAGCGAUGAACCCGAGACCAUUGCCAAGCUCCUCCAUUCUGCUCCAUUGUUAUCGCCAUGUGACUUUCUCUCUCUCUCUCUCGUCUCUAAAAAUUUGUUUUUUUUUUAUUAAAAGUUUCUAAAAAACAAAAAUUGUUUCAGUUAAUGAUCUCUUUAUGACUCUCAUUGGAUUCGAACCAAACCCAUGAGGCCAUGAGACACGAGAGAAUGAUGAGGAUCAGAUCACCAAUCUUGAUCCAAAUGUGAUAAACAAAAGUUCUGUAACGAUUCAUUCUUGAGAAAUAUUCUUUCUUUUUUUUAAUUCGUAGAAACUCCCCUCCAACGACUCCUUCUCUACAUUUCUCCCAAUCUCUAUCCCUUGAUUUCUACUCCUCAAUCAUAAUCAUCACCAACAAGAAGAAAGCUUCGUUUCAUCUUUGUCCUUAUUAAAAAAAAAUCAAGCAAUGUCGCUUGACAUUAAGAGACCUAACAGCAACAAGACGAAGAAGAAGAUGGGUUUCAUCGUGAAAAUGCAGCUUAAUAACAACAACAGAGGAGGAACCAACAGAAGAAAUCUCUUCCUCUUCCUCAGAAGUUAUUACAGAUGGAUCCUCUGGUUUUUCCUCUCUCUCUAUUUCUUCACAUCUUACUUCGCCGGAGACCAAUCCUCGCCGUCGUCCACAACCCGUCUCUUGUCUAACCAUAAACCAUCUUCGUCUCUCCCAUCUCGCGCUCUCAUCGAAUCUUCCGCCAUUGUCAGACCAGGUAUAUUCAGCGGAAUGAAGAUUUACAUUUACGAUUUACCGGCGAGAUUCAACGUCGAUUGGGUAACGGAAUCGGACCGGUGCGCCACUCACCUCUUCGCGGCGGAGGUUGCGAUACACCGCGCGCUCCUCUCCGAUUCCUCCGUGCGUACGUUAAACCCAGAGGAAGCCGAUUUCUUCUUCGUCCCUGUCUACGUCUCCUGCAACUUCUCCACCACCAACGGCUUCCCUUCUCUUAGCCACGCUCGCUCCCUCAUCAGCUCCGCCGUCGAUUUCCUCUCCGACCAAUACCCGUUUUGGAACCGGACUCAGGGCUCCGACCACGUCUUCGUCGCUUCCCAUGACUUCGGCGCGUGCUUCCACGCGAUGGAGGAUAUGGCGAUUGAAGAAGGGAUUCCGGAAUUUAUGAAGAAUUCGAUAAUUUUACAGACGUUUGGCGUUAAUUACAAGCAUCCAUGUCAAGAAGCAGAGCAUGUGGUGAUCCCGCCUUAUAUUCCGCCGGAGAGUGUACAGAGAGCAAUCGACAGAGCUCCGGCGAACGGAAGGCGAGACAUUUGGGCGUUUUUCCGGGGGAAGAUGGAAGUCAACCCUAAGAAUAUAAGCGGACGCUUUUACGGCAAGGGAGUGAGGACGGCGAUUCUGAAGAAAUACGGCGGGAGGAGGCGGUUUUAUCUUAACCGGCACCGGUUUGCUGGAUACCGAUCAGAAAUCGUGCGGUCGGUGUUUUGUCUCUGUCCUCUCGGGUGGGCCCCGUGGAGUCCUCGGCUGGUGGAAUCUGCCGUGUUAGGGUGCGUACCCGUGGUUAUCGCCGAUGGGAUCAAGCUACCGUUCUCGGAGACUGUUCGGUGGCCGGAGAUAUCUCUCACGGUGGCGGAGAAAGACGUGAAAAAUCUACGGAGGGUUUUAGAACACGUGUCGGCGACUAAUUUGUCCGUGAUACAGCGAAACUUACAAGAUCCGGCAUUUAAGCGGGCCCUCUUGUACAAUGUGCCGAUGAAAGAAGGUGACGCCACGUGGCAUAUUCUUGAGGCGUUGUGGAGGAAGCUCGAUCGGUCGUACAGGAGGUCAAGGGUUUUGAGCCAAUGAUUAGUCGACACGUAAGAUGCUGUGUGGUAAAUGGAUGCUAGGCUGGAAUUUUCGGACUUUUUCGGAAUUGGAAAAACCGGAAUGUCUCGUGAGGGGUCCACAACGUGAGAGGCUUAACUGGGACACGUGAGAUGUCUGCUGAGCUGGCCAUCAAUGAGUGGAUCAACACGUGCCUCUGGGAAGUGAAAGUGUAAAGUAUGCUGACGUGUAAUUCUUUGGAUGAGUAGGCAUAUAAUUCUUUGAAUAUAAAAGACUUGUAGAUCGAAAUGCAAGGUUAAUUCAAUCUCAACUUCAUACUGUUUUUUUUUCAACCAAACAAAAUUUUAUUCUAAUUCCUUUAAAUCCAGCAUGAAUUCUACAUAAGGUGAAUGUGGUUUAAACUUAUUUGUUUAUAGUUAUUAACUUUAAACGUACAUAAGGUAGUUGACAAUUUGUUUUGUUAAAAGAUCAAUGAGAUACU